AUGCCACCUAAAAAAGGUGACGCAAAAUCAGCUGCCAAGAAAGGCAAGUCAGAGGAGCCAAAGAAGGGAGGAAAGGAUGAUAAGAAGGGAGGGAAAGAUGACAAGAAAGGGGGAAAGAAGGCAGAGGAGCCACCGGCUAAGGGGAAAGGGAAGGAUGAUGGAAAGAAGGGAAAGGGAAAGAAGCCUGCCAGCGAGUCAGAGGAAGGGUCAGAGGAAGAAGAAGAGGAGAUGAAGACUGAGGAAGAUGAGGAAAGUGAGGAGGAGGUAGUUGUCAAGAAGGAUAAAGGAAAAGGGAAAGCAGCUCUAAAAGGUGCAUCCAAGGCCAUGGCUGUGAAGGGAUUUAAGCCUGCUAAACCACCUCUGUCUGAUGAUGAUGAUGAGGAGGAUAGGAAGCCUCAGAUGAAGAAAGGGAUGGGUGCAGUAAAUCUGAAAAAGAUGAGUGAUGUCAACAUCAGAGGAGCCUCCAAGGCCAUGAUGGGCUUUGCUGCAGAGGGACAGAAAAGGGGCACUGCUGCAGCAAAAACACAAAAGACACCAGAUGUCAAGUCUCACCUCAAAGGAGCCUCCAAAGCCCUCUCAGGCCUUGCAGGGAAGUCCACUCCUUUUACCUUGCCCUCUAAACAGCCGGCAGAGAAAGCGAAACCAAAGAGAAACCUCAAAAGCACCUCUCGUCUUUUCCUACGACUCUCCAAGAAAAAGAAACCCCCUUCUGGUGGUAAACCGUUACUGGGAACCAGCAAGCUUUUAGCUGGGUUUGGGGGUAAAUCAUCUGCUGACAAAAAGCCAGGUCUGUCUGGCUUCAGCUUGUUUAAUAAAAAGGAGGCUCCAAAAGAAACCACACCACCUAAAAAGACAAUAAAUCUAUCCGGUUUAGGGGGCAAGGGGAAAAUGGCAACAGAGGCAAAGGGACUGGGAGGGAAGUUUAAAGGCAUGUUUGGGAAAAAGAAAGCAGGAUCAGAUUUUAAGAGUAAAAGCUGGAUGUUAGGAAGGAUAGCUGCAGCAUCUAACUGGCUGACAGGGAGGUUCCUGACUUCUAAGGGCCAAGGUCGCCUGGGGGCACGAGCAGGAGGUAGGGGACAAAAGAGUCUGUCAUUUGCUAACAGGAACGCUAGAGGGAGAGAGACUCAUUAUUACAAUGAGGCCUAUGAGUAUGACGAUGAUGAGUAUGGAUAUGAUGAAGAUUACCACAGCAGGGGGAGACCUAGAGGCUACAUGAGACAAGCCUAUGACCCCUAUGACCCUUACGGAGAAGACCUGGAUUACUAUGAUGAUGACGAGUGGGAAGAUGAAUAUGGUUACUACGAUGAUGAGGGCAACUUUUAUUAUGAUGAUGAGUUUUACUAUGAGGAUGACGUGGAUUACUACGGUUACCCUUAUGGCUAUUAUGAGGAUGAGUAUGAAGAUUACUAUGGCGAUGAAGGGGUAGAGUAUUUCUAUGGUGAAGAUGGAAUGCUGUAUGCAGUGGAGCCAGAGCCAUAUGGCUACUAUGGUAGUGCCAUGGAUGGUUACUAUGACCCAUAUGACCCUGAGCCAUAUGGAGAUUACUUUGACUACAAUAUGGGUUAUAACUAUGGGAGUCACCCGUAUAGCGUGAUGAAUGGUGGUUAUGAUGUUGUUCCAGGCCUUUAUAAUGACCCAAUGCUGGGAUAUACAGACCCUGCUGCUGUUUAUAACCCCUAUCAGCAAUCUUUCUAUAUGGAUCCUGGGCAGGAUCCAGGCGAUAUAGGACAGCUAUAUGGACAGGAGCAGCUGUCUUACCCUCUUCCUGAGCCAUUUUCAGCAGAGCAGUUCAGGGUCCCCAGGCCCCAGGUCAAGCUAUUUGGAAAAGAUAGACUAGAGGUGGAAACCCUGCCGCCACCUCCUCCUACUCCUCUUUAUUCUCAGCCAGCUUCCCCCAUGUUCCCCCUUCCCUCCCCAGCUCUUGCCCUCAACAAUUUGGAAAUGAUGUCCGAUAUAAGUUAUGAGCAGCCUCUUCCUACAUACCCUCCUGCACAGCCCCCUUACCCCGCUGCCAUGAACCAACAACAAAUCCCCAUACUUCCUAGACAAGCCCCCUCGCCACUACAAUUUGCACCCCAAAUGUACCAACCAACCCUCCCCCAGGACCCACAAAUGUUUCAGAUGGGGCAAAUGCCACCAAUGGUUGCACAGAUACAGCCACCAAUGCCUCCGCUGAUGCCUUCACCACUACAUUCACCAAUGGCCUCACCCAGGCCAGUGCGACGAAUGAGUCCCCUUCCAUCGCCACAGCUGUCAAUUAGGCCAGGAUCAGUUAGGGCGAUGCCACCUCCUUCACCCCGCUUCUCACCACAUCACAUGGACUUUCAAACAGGCAUCCAGUCAGAUCCACAUUUCUCCCCUCGCUUACAAAGGAGAGGACCUCAUCGGGCCUCAGUGGCAGGCCAGAUGCAGACUUCCCAGAGGCGGAGGCCCCCCAGCCCACCUCCUUCCCCAUCAUUCCAGAGGAGAGGGAUGUCAGUUAGAGCUCAGCCAUCCUUGUCAAGAGGAAGGGGGGGAGCUGGUUUACGCAGAGCUCCAUCAACAGUCCGACCCCAAUCCCCCCUUUCGAGCCCUCUACCUUCACCCCGGGGAUCACUGAGGAGGAGAGCAAGCCCACCACCUUCCCCAAGACUCUCUUUCAGACAGCAGCCCCCUCCUGAUGCUGUUCCUCUGCCACCUACCAGACCGCAUAUGUUCAAAGGUAGAAAACAAACAUCCAAGAUGAGGCGUUCCCCAUCUCCUCCCCUCCCGUCCCCACAAAGACGUAGCCCGCCUCUACCAGAGAGAUCUCAGUCUCCCCCGCAAACCUUCCGGCCCACCUCUCCCCAUCGUCCUCCUUCUCCUUCCCCAUCAAGAAUGACCAGUCGCCCCCUUCCAACCCGGUCCUCUACUCGGAGGCUGAGGGGUGGUGUUGGUGGCCGAGCUCAUGUGCCCAUGGGGGCCGUAAAACCCUCUCCAGCUAAUCCCUACUUACAGAGACGCAGUAGACAUGGACCCCCUGUCACUCAGCAUGUAGCCCCAUUCAGGUCCUCUAUCCAUAGUGGCACAGCCCCUCCCUCAGGACAGAUUGGGGGUGUAGCUGGAACACCCAUGUUAGCCAGGGCAGGCUCCCGCCCUGCAGGAUUAAGGGAGUCAAAACGAAUUGGUACUAACCAAGGAGGCUUCCACAGACCUGUAGGUAGGGGACAGCCACUAGUUCGUAUGCCCAGAAACCAGCCCUCUCUUCAGUCUAGGCAGUCAUUCAGAGGACCUCCUCCAGUGCCACCUGUCUCUCCCCAGCCGUCUUUGAAACAGAGUGGCCCUCUAUCUCCCCAGCCAUCAGUGCGUAGGCUACAGAGUAGACCUCCAUCUCCACUACCACUGCAACGUCCAUCUCCUCUGCCCUCGCGUUCAGCCUCUCCCAUGCACCAUAUGUCUCGCCCACAGUCCCCCUUUCCCCACAGGGCUAUGAGUCCCCAGAAUCUAGGACCAUCAUCUUUUCAACCUCCAUUACGUCAACCUGGUCUUCCUCCUGGUACUCUCCAAUCAUCUCAGGGUAUCACCCAGUAUGACUACACAAUGAUGGAGCCGGGACCCUCCCCAAUGCUUACAAAUGCUUUACCAAACCAUCAGGUUGUAGGUGCUCCUUUUCCUCCUUCUCCUCUUCCUUCCUCCAUCCCAUACUCCACCACUGUUUCUCCUUUACAGAGACCCUCAUCUCCCCAACCACAGUAUGAAGUCCACCCCCAAAACCUCCCUCAAACUGUACCCCCAUCACCUUAUCUAGGGCAUGCGCUCCAGAAUCCAUAUCUGCAGAAUGCCAGUUACACCACACCUUUACAGAGAAGCCCUUCCCCAAUACCUGGUGGGGAGGGGGCAAUAUCAGCGGAUGUACAGGUGAGCCAGGAGGGUAGCCCAUAUGCCACUCUUGGUCUAUCCAAUGCUUUGAUGCAGAACUCCCGCCUGCGUAACGCCUCCUACACGUCUCCUCUACAACGCAAUGCCAAUGUCUAUACAAAUGUCCUUUCACCCCCACAGGCAGCAGCCCUUCCUGCCCCCUCUUUACCCUCCUCCCCACACUUGUCUGUUGCUAUGCUUAACUCCCAGCUACGUAAUGCUUCCUUUGCCUCACCCCUUCAGCGACACCUCUCCCCCAUGUCUCCUGCCUCUCCUGCCCCUCCUCCCACCACACCUCAACAAGGGACUAUCAGAGGUACCUCCUCAUUUCUCUCUGGUGGAUUGCGGACUGCCCAAAUUCAGGGAUCCAUGUUAAGGCUUCCAAGUGGCGCUUUGACAAUGUCCCGGAGCCCUGUUGAGUCUCCAGUUACCAGUGAUGUUGGAGGUGGGAGACUGUCACCCUCUAUGCUAUCCAAUGCCCUGCAGAACCCAAGCCUACGACAGGCCACCUAUCGACUUCCUGAUGGCUCACUGAUCACCAGAACUGAACCUGCUGAAGCUGCACCAAGUCCAUCACCCCUCUCGUCCUCUAUGCUGUCCUCUGCCCUGCUCAAUCCCAAUUUGAGACAGGCGACAUAUCGUUUGCCUGAUGGCACUCUAGUAACCAGGGCAGAACCUACACCUGCACCCUCUCCUUCCUCACCUAUGCUUUCCUCUGCAUUGUUGAACCCCAGUUUACGUAAAGCUACAUAUAGGGUGCCAGAUGGGACUUUGGUAACAAGAAAUGAGCCUGAGCCCAUUGCCCCUUCAUCUUCUAUGCUCUCCUCUGCUCUUCUCAAUGCUAAUGUUCGUAAGGCCUCUUAUCGAUUACCAGAUGGUUCAUUUCUAACACAUCCGGUAGAGGAGCCACAGAAUCCUGAGAGUACUGUAUCAUCACCGGGGCUAUCUAGUGCCCUGAUGAAUGCGAACCUGCGUAUGGCAAAGUUUCAGCUCCCAGGUGGAUCAUCAUUGUUUUCACAGAACCAAGCUUCCACCUCUGCUCCCUCCGGUCCUAACCUUUCUAAUGCAAUGUUAAAGACCAACCUUAGAGGUGCCUCCUACAAACUUCCAAACACAUCACUAUUCAGGCAGCCUGGUUCUGCAGAAACCACUGAGUCACGCUCCCUUGACCUUUCCAAUGCUCUUCGCAACCAGAACCUUCGAUCUGCCACCUACCGUUUGCCUGAUGGAACGCUGAUGAACCGCCCUCAGCCCACUCCUGCACCUCGAACACUUGAUCUGUCUAAUGCAUUAUCAAAGAACCCAAACCUUCGUGGGGCAAAUUACCGUCUCCCUGAGGGUAAUAUCAUGACACGGCUUGGUGCCCCUAGCACCCCAGAACCUCGUACACUUAACCUCUCUGGUGCCCUGCAGAACCCUAACCUCCGAGGGGCCUCUUUCCGUCUACCUUCAUCAUAUGCUGUAGUGUCACCCCAGGUCCAGGGAUCUGGCCUUGGGCAGCACUGGGCACAGGGCCCCGGAGCUGAAGGCUUGGGACUGCAGCAAGAUGUGGAUGUAUGGGGUGCAGAGAGGGUACUACCUCACGGGACAGUGCAGAACCUCAAUAAGUGGUCGAUGUAUAGAGACGGGGAACUGCUGGACCCCCACAGCCUGAUGGGACAGGGACAAGUGGGGCACGAACCAGGGGAGUGGAAUCUCAGCAGGGAGGGAGAACCACAGGGGCACUGGUAUGACAAGAUGUACUCAAUCAGAAGCCUGACCACGAUGGCUCACCGAGAGCAACGAGAGGAAGACGGGGUGGAAGAUAUGACACAGUUAGAGGAGAUGCAUGAAGGGGCUGUCCUGCUGAACCUGCGGAAAAGAUUUGAGAGAGAGAUUAUUUAUUCAUACAUAGGCAGCAUUUUGGUGUCUGUGAACCCCUACAAGAUGUACAACAUCUAUGGGACAGACGUGGUGCUGCUGUACAAGGGUCAUGCUCUGGGAGAGAACCCUCCGCACUUGUUUGCCAUAGCAAACGCUGCUUAUUCCACAUUGAUGGAUGCCAAACACAACCAGGUCAUAAUAAUCAGUGGGGAGAGCGGAUCUGGGAAAACAGAGGCCACCAAACUGGUCCUUCGCUACCUAGCAGCAAUAGAUCACAAAUGCAAUCUUGCGCAACAGAUUGAGAUACUUGAGGCAGCUCCUCUGCUGGAAUCUUUUGGAAAUGCCAAAACUGUACGGAACGAUAAUUCCAGUCGCUUCGGGAAAUACAUAGAGGUCUUUCUGGAGGAUGGUGUGAUCAGUGGUGCCAUAACCUCUCAGUAUCUACUGGAAAAGUCCCGUAUUGUCUUCCAGGCCAAAGAUGAAAGGAACUAUCAUAUCUUCUAUGAGAUGCUGGCAGGUCUCCCCUCGCAGCAGAGGCAGGCUUUCUAUCUCCAGGAGGCUGAGACCUACUAUUACCUCAACCAGGGAGGGGACUGUGGGAUAACAGGAAAGAAUGAUGCUGAGGACUUCCUGCGUCUGCUCGCUGCCAUGGAGAUCCUUCACUUCACCCCUGACGACCAGUCGGCCAUCUUUAGAGUUCUUUCUUCCAUACUGCACCUGGGCAACGUCUACUUUCAGAGAUAUGAGGCGGAUGGCCAGGAGGUGGCGUCAGUGGUGAGUGCCCAGGAGAUCAGAGUGGUGGCAGAGCUGCUGCAGAUCUCUCCAGAGGGACUUCAGAAAGCCAUCACCUACAAAGUCACAGAGACAAUGAGGGACAAGAUCUACACCCCACUGACUGUUGAAAGUGCUGUCGAUGCCAGAGAUGCUGUUGCCAAGAUACUGUACUCGCUGCUCUUCCAUUGGUUAACAGAGAGGAUCAACGCUCAGGUGUAUCCCCGCCAACACACGCUCUCCAUCUCCAUCCUGGACAUUUACGGAUUUGAGGAUCUGGCCUUCAACAGCUUUGAGCAGCUUUGCAUUAAUUAUGCAAACGAGUACCUGCAGUUCUUCUUCAACAGGAUCGUGUUCAGGGAAGAACAGGAGGAAUACAGCCGGGAACAGAUCCCCUGGCAGGACAUCCCAUUCAGUGACAACCAGCCCUGCAUUGACCUCAUUGCCGCUAAGCCUCAUGGGAUACUGAGGAUCCUGGACGACCAGUGUGGUUUCCCACAGGCGACAGACCACACGUUCCUCCAAAAGUGUCACUAUCACCAUGGCAACAACCCACUGUAUAUGAAGCCAAAGAUGCCACACCCAGAGUUCACCAUCAAGCACUUUGCUGGCAGGGUCACCUACCAGGUUUACAAGUUCCUCGAUAAGAACUACGACCAGGUCCGUCAGGAUGUCCUGGACCUGUUCAUUCAGAGCAAGAACAAGAUGGUGUCAAACCUCUUCCUGGUUCACGCAGAGGUCACAGGUCAGCAGAGAGGAGGUCACAUGAGGAAGAGCAGCACAGUCACCAGGAAGUACCAAGCUCCAACCGUCAGCAGCAAGUUCCAACAGUCCCUGCUGGAGCUGGUGGAGAAGAUGGAGAGGUGCAACCCGUUUUUUGUUCGCUGCAUUAAGCCAAAUAAUAUGAAGCAACCAGGUGUGUUUGAGGACGAGCUGGUCAGCAACCAGCUGAGACACUCAGGUGUUCUAGAGACCAUCAGGAUCCGUAGGGAGGGAUAUCCUGUCAGAAUGCCAUUCUACGUCUUCCUGUUCAGGUAUAAGUCUCUGGUGGGGAUACAUGAGCCUCCAGCUGCGAGUGGAGAGAACUGUGUGAUCAUGCUCAGUAAGCUGUGUCUUCUCAGACCAGGAUCCUACCACGUUGGGGUCACAAAGCUGUUUCUGAAGGAGGACGUCUACCAGCUGUUGGAGUGUAAACGGGAGCGCGCCCGUCAGCUCGCCGCCCUCACCCUGCAGCGUUACACCCGCAUGUUCUUCGUCAGGAAACGCUUCGUGGCCUUCCGCAAGAAGAUCAUCGCGCUGCAGGCACAGUGCCGAGGCUUCCUCAUGAGGAGGCGCUAUGUGAAAAUGAGGGAGAGUCUAGUUCGGUUCCGCUCUCUCAUCCACAUGUACGUCAACCGCAAGCAAUACAUCAAGAGGAAGUUUGAAGCUCAGAGGAAAGUUGAAGAGGAGAGAAGGAGAAGAGAGAUGGAGCUGACCAAGAGGGAGGUGGUGAAUGUCACACACUUGGUGAUCCCUGCAGAGCUGGGCGCGUUACUGCAGACAGCAGGAGUCAGGAGGGAGCUGCACUCAGACUGUCUGGCUCUGCUUCAAGCUCCUCAUAUUCAAGAAGAGGCUCAACUCACGCUGCCUCUGGACAUCAACAACUACCCGUUCUACCGCUACGUGCAGAUCUACUUCAGGGAGCCAAAGUUUGGGAUGUUGACGGCCCCUCUGGAGUCACCGCUGACCCGUGUGGAUGAGGACCUGAGAGGAGAAGCUCUGGAGCUCUUCAUCAUGGUAUUACGAUUCAUGGGCGACCCUCACCUGAACGGGGCGCAGGAAAACAUGUUUGGGAAUUACAUCAUCCAAAGGGGCCUGUCGUCGCCAGGGUUACAGGACGAGAUCCUGGCUCAGGUCGUCAACCAGGUGUGGAGGAACAUAAACGUUGACAAUGCUGAGAGAGGCUGGCUGCUGCUGCUGGCGUGUGUCUGCUGCUUCGCCCCGUCGCCCAAGAUGGACAAAUACCUGCUGAAGUUUGUAUCUGACCACGCCCCUGCUGGUUGCCAGGCGUUGCUGCAACACAGACUCAUCCAGGCCAAUCAGAAGUCACAACUAGGUUCAGGCCCCACCCCCGAGACUGCACGGACCUAUCCGCUGUCACUACUGGAGUGGACGGCCAACAGGAAGAAGGCUAACACGGUGCUGCACGUGCAUAGUUUUGAUGGAGGAUCGUUCCUGUGUCCGGUCCAUUCCUGGACCAGUGGAGAAGAUUUAGCAGGAGACAUACUGCGCCACAGGGGAGUGUCCGACUGGUGGAGGGGGAGCUCGAUUCUGAUGAAGGAGCACGGCCAGUGGGUGGAGUUAGCGGGUCACGACUAUGUCAUGGACCUGAUCGCAGACCUGGAGCUUCCACCAGACUUCCCAAAGCAGAAGAGUUACUUCAUCAUCAGCACUGACGACCCCGCCAGAGUCCGAGCUAACGCCAGCCUUGCUCUGUUUGGCAGUGGCUUUGAGUCAGAUGAGGAGCUUCCUUCUGCCUUUCUUCUCCGUAACAGCAGACCGGCAUACAGUUUGCCUGACUCUGACGGUUACUUCAGCCACGUAGAGUCGGAUGCAUUCAGUGACGGUCAGACUCAGAGAGGAAUGGACCGCUACCUGGACAGUCUGUUUGACCCUGUGCUGUCAGACAGCAGCAUGGACAUGGAAAAGACUGGAAGUUUGUCAGCGAGGAUGAAGGGAGGAGGAGGUAUCGGCAUCACGGGAGGAGGAAGAGGAGAGGGGGAGAAUCACACGGCCCCCAGUCGGCCGUAUCCACCAGGAAUACAUCCCGGAGGAUCGGAGCAGGCAGUCCUGACUCAACAGCAACAGGCCAUCAUCAACCAGCAAGCCAUCAUUCUGGCCCAGCAGAUGACCAUGCAGGCCAUUGCGAUCCAGCAGCAGAUGUUGUCCUCCUUUCCCCCUGUAGCCCCGGCGCCCCAGUCACCGCCCUCACAGCAUCACACACACUUGCCACAACGCUCUCACACAACCAGCUUCACCAAAGAGAGUGAAGAGUCGCCGUACAAGCCUGCUGGUGUUCAGCGAAAAAUGAGUCCAACACGUGGCCCCCCUCCUGAGGACGUGGUCCGAUCCACUGUGAGUAACACGGAGCGAAUCGAUCCCAGCCACGACAUCAAAGACAUCAUCAAACAGCACCAGCCUGCUGACUCAACAACUUCUACAGGAAGCGCCACUCAAAGGAAAGGUGAUGGAAAGAUGUUUGCCAAGAAACCAGACCCGCAUGAUGAAGCUAUGGAGAUUCUUAAAGAUCAAAUGGCAAACCCACCACAACCGACUCAAAGGAAGCCUCAGUCCUCCCUACGUAAAGAAGACGUAGGACUUAAGGUUUCAAAGACCACCAAGCCUCGCUCCGCAGGGCAUACCAGCUCCAGCAUAAGCCCCGCCCCUCCUCCAGUCUCUAGAGAUUUGCCAGUGGAGGAGGAGAUCAUUCAGACCCAACUCCACAGCAGAACCAGUGAUGAAUAUUACACGUACUCCAACGUCCCCUGGAAACUCUACAUGAGGAAAGAGGUUUUCUAUCCUAAAGAGACCUUCAACAACCCACUGGUUCUAGACCUGAUCUUCAGACAGGUUGUACAUGACACCUUCUCUGAGGCCUGCAUCCGUAUCACCCAGGAGGAGAGGCAGAAGAUGAAAGCAUUAUUUGCUGAGAACAAGGUGGAUCAGAUGUCAGGAACGCAUGAUGAGAACAUGAAGAAGAAAGUGGUGGCCAUGGCCAGAGACUCAUGGGAGAUUUACUUCUCCCGCCUCUUCCCAGCCUCUGGCAGUGUGGGGACAGGAGUGCAGGUGCUGUCUGUGUCUCAUAAGGGCAUCAAGCUGCUGAAGAUGGUGAGGAGUAGUUCUGCUGCUCCGGACUACUUCAGAGUGCUGAGGCCUUACAGCUACUCGGACAUCCUGUUUGUGUCCAUUCCGUCUAAGAACAUGCUGGAGUUCAACCUGAACAACGAGAAGCUGAUCCUGUUCUCAGCCAAGGCCCCGCAGGUCAAACACAUGAUCGACUACUUCCUCACAGAGCUCAAGAAGGACUCAGAGUACGUGGUGGCGGUGAGGAACUACAUCACUGAGGACAGGUCUCUGCUCAGCUUCCACAAAGGAGACAUAAUCAGAGUGCAGCACAUGGACGGGCUGGAGGCCGGUAAACAUUACGGCUGCAUAGUGAGGAAGAAGGUGAUGCUUCUGGAGGAGCUAAAGAGAGACACUCCUGAGUUUGGUUGGCGGUUUGGGGCUGUGUAUGGGAAAUCUGGAGCGUUUCCCAGCGAGUACGUCCGUCCUGUGGCUGCACCAGACUUCCUGGUUCUCCCCGCUGAGCGUGUGGAGCCUCGAGACAGACAGGGGCGAGUCGCUGCAUCUGCUGCUGUUGCCGUGGCGAUGGGCUCAGCAGUAGCUGCCCAUGAGCUCGACCUGUCCAUGGAGGUGGUAAAUGAGAUGUAUGGGGACAGUCUGUGCGUCGAACUGGACGACCUGCCUCUGCACAGCAGCCAGUACCACAUGGCUGAGUUUGCCAAGAAGUACUUCAGAGAGGCUCAGAGGAACAGAGGUGAUCAGAAAGCCAAGAAGGGGAAGGAGGGCAGGGACCCUGCUGACAUGGUUAAAUUCUCCAAGUCUCCGAUCCAGGAGUCUCUGAUCGACUUCUCAGACAGUGGGAUGAACAGAGUGGCUGCUGACAUCUUCUUAGCCAUCAUGAAGUUCAUGGGAGACUUUCCACUGAAGGGUCAGACUGAACAGAACCUGGUCACCAUGAUACUGAAGUUAAGUGGGGACCAUGGUCUGAUCAAAGAUGAAGCCUACUGCCAGGUGAUGAAGCAAGUCACCACCAACACCAGCUCCAAACCGGACAGCUGUCAGAGAGGAUGGAGGCUGCUGUACAUCCUGACAGCUUUCUACCGCUGCUCUGAUGUGAUGAAGCCAUUUCUGUUGAAGUUCCUGCAGGACGCCUGUAACAGCCCCGGGAUGCAGUACCAAGGAAUUGCCAAGGCAUGUGAGCAGAACCUGAGGAGGACUUUUCAAUAUGGCGGACGUAUACAGUAUCCCAACAGCAUGGAACUCAAAGCUAUGCUGGCUGGGCGGAGCUCCAAGAGACAGCUGUUCCUGCUGCCAGGUGGGAUCGAAAGGCACCUGAAAAUCAAGACGUGCUCUGUUGCUUUGGACGUCAUCGAGGAGCUUUGCUAUGAGAUGGGACUACACAGGGUGGAGGCUUUGGACGAAUAUGCCAUCUUUUUGGUCACACACAAAGGUCAGAAUGUGCGUCCCCUGAACAAGCGUGAGUACAUCCUGGAUAUUGCUACAGAGGCAGAGCCAGUGGACACCAACUACAGUCUGUGGUUCAGGAGAGUCAUAUGGAGCCUGGCACUCAAACUUGACAACGAACUCUAUGUGACCAUGCACUAUAACCAGGUGUUGCCAGACUACCUGAAGGCCUUGCUGAGUGUCGUCCCUCAGGGUAAGGCGAGUGAUCAGCAUCUGCAGCAGAUUGCCAGACUGGCCGCCCUACAGCACCGUGCCAAGGACACCAUCUACCUGCCCACCAUGCGUGAGGUGCAGGAGUGUGUCCCCCCACAGUUCUACAGCAAACAGGGUUCACAGCAUUGGCUGAAUAUGACAACUCAACACAUGCAGCAGGUCCAGCCCUUAAACCCACACCAGGCUCGCGCACAGUUCCUUGGUCUGGUCAGUGCCUUCCCCAUGUUCGGCUCCUCCUUCUUCUACAUCCAGAGCUGUAGCUCCUCCUCCAUCUACGCACCGUGCAUCCUGGCUGUGAAUCUGAAUGGACUGCACUUUCUGAACAAGGAUACUCAUGAGGCCAUGGUGCGUUUCCCUCUGAAGGAGGUCCAGUCGACUCGCACUCAGAGACCGACUUCAGGCUCCAGUUAUCCGUAUGUGGAGAUCAUGAUAGGAGACCUGCUCAACCAGCGCAUCACUCAGCUGCAGCUGGAGCAGGGCCUGGAGCUGUGCCGAGUCAUCGCCAUGCACAUGGAGAACAUGUUGUCAGUCAGAGAAAAGAGACUCACUUUGCCACCGAGUGAAAUCACCCUGCUAUAACACACAACAACCACCUGCACUCACAGAUAAAUCACACUGUAUGCCUCAUAAAUGUACUGCAUCUACCUCUAUAUUAAAAUAGAAUAUUUUGAUAUGUAAAGGUAAUGUUUCUGUAAUCUGAUGAAUGUGUAAUAGUUGAAGAUGUUGAUAACAGAAUGAAAAACAGGUAUAUUCAAUCACACAACGUGAUUUUGCUGAAUAGGACGUCUUCCUGGACAAAUGCUGCGAUCAACCAAUCACAGCCCUCUGACAUCAUCAGCUGUACUUCUUUCAAAAAUCUUUUGUGCUUCCUAAGCUAAGCUAGUUUUCCAAAUUGAAUGUGGAACAACUGAACAAAA